CACACAUCUCCACUGCUCGUUGAAUACAAGACAGAAAUUUGGCAAAGAUGUAGUACAGCACACAAUUCAGUCUGCGACGUCCAUCCUUUCGCCUCAGUCUCCAAGCAUCACACACUAUCAAUCAUGUGGCGUCUCUUCUCCCGCUCCUCGACGGAAACUCCGGCCAACAAACCCGAGCCACAGCGAAACCUGCCAGCAAGCUGGUACAGAUCCGAGGCUCUAUACCAGCUCGAGCGCCGGGCAAUCUUCCAAAGGAGUUGGAUCAUCCUCACCCACUCUUUGAGAUUCGCCAAAGCUGGAGAUUACAUGUCAUUCAUAGUCUCUGGCAUCUCAUUCUUCCUGGUUAAGGACCGCGAAGGCAACAUUAAUGGCUUUCACAAUGUAUGCAGACAUCGAGCAUUUCCUGUCGUACAAUCUCAAUGUGGUACGGCGAGCAUCCUCAGCUGCAAAUAUCACGGCUGGUCUUAUGGACUCAAAGGCAACCUCUCCAAAGCUCCCAGAUUCGAUACUGUGGAAGCCUUUGACAAGACUGAGCAUGGUUUGCUUCCUAUACACGUUCAUAUGGACAAAGCUGGGUUUAUCUGGGUGAACUUGCAAGCCGGCGAGCCAGACAUCAAAUGGGAUGACAAGUUCAAGGGCAUCGACGACUCACCAAGGAUGAAGAUGUUCGAUUUUGCCAAAGAGUUCAAAUUUGAUCAUUACUGGGAGAUGGAUGUCAAAGCAAAUUGGAAGUCAUUGAUUGACAAUUACAAUGAAUGCUAUCACUGCGCGACAUCACACCCACUGAUAGCUGGAGUUUCCGACCUGACGAAAUACCGUGUCGACACUACAAAUGGAUACAUGGAGCACAAUAUCUUCAACAAGUCACGGACCGAUGAACAAUUCAGAAGAAAUAUCACGUUCUUCUACCCAACAACAUCUGUGACCGUAACGGACAACUUCUUCUACAUACAACGCAUGUUUCCAGUAACAGCCACAACCAGCAAGAUCGAGUAUGAAGUAUUCCGCCACACAACGGCUGGUGAUGAGGAGUUCAAAGCGAUCAACGACUUCUACGUACAGGUACUCAACGAGGACAAGGAGCUAUGCGAAGCCGCUCAAGAGAAUCUGAGUGCCGGUGUCUUCGUGAAUGGCGAAUUGCAUCCGGAGAAGGAGAAGGGACCUUUGUACUUCCAGAAGAACGUGCGAGAAAUGGUCAUGGAGCAUCGUAAGCGAGAAGAAGAGCAAGGCGGAAAGGAGAUCUGGCCGGCAGUGCCAAAGGCAGUCAGCAGCGCGAAGGAAGACGAGGAAGAAAGCUUUGUGUCCAAACUAGACGAAGCCGCUGGUUGCAUGUCGUCUCGAGUAGAUCUAGCUUGGUAGUAGAUUCCAGUCAGGGCGAUCUUAGCCAGUCUGCGACUCAAUUGUCAAUCAUAUGGCCAGGAAGGCUCAGCUCAUCGGAAGCAGUUAUUUAUUGAAGAUCAUGAUCAACUACGACGGCUUCAUACUCGAAAAACAAUAUCUCGCAAUCUUCCAUGCACCCUCCACUUUCUGACAGACAAAAAUCUCCUGGUUGUGAUGACCUUCCUGUGUAUCCUUCUUGAGCCAAUAUUUCGUCCCUGCUGCAGUAGUUCUCGCAAACGCCCACUCACGAUCCAUUACAACGAUUUCGUCGAUGGAGAAGUCGAUGUCAAGUUUGAUGGUUGAGAAGAUGCGUUCGUAGGAUGUUUCGAG